GGCCGCGGCCCCGGGCAGUGACAAAGUUUCCCAGACGCGCGGAUCGAGGCGUGCGGCUGCCGGCCGGCCGUGACCUCUCUGGAAAGAGCUUGGAGAUUUUUAAUUUGGGGGGAAAAAGCAACCCCCCAAACCCAAACCCACCUCGUUUCCUUUGUCGAGCUCUCUCUCCAGUGGGCAGCGGCGAGAGCGGCAAACUUGGGCACAGCGGCCCCACAGCCAGGGCUCUGGACUUGGGAGAACCUCGGGACUCAGGUGCUCCAUAGCCCAGCGGCCCGGGGUGUCCUAGUGGGGUGUGUGAGCGCGGAGUCGUCCGGGACGCACGGCGAGCAGGGGCCCCCGGGAGCGCUCUAUGGAGGAGGGAGCCCAGAAUGGUGUGCACCAGGAAGACCAAAACUUUGGUGUCCACUUGCGUGAUCCUGAGCGGCAUGACCAACAUCAUCUGCCUGCUGUACGUGGGCUGGGUCACCAACUACAUCGCCAGCGUGUAUGUGCGGGGGCAGGAGCCGGCGCCCGACAAGAAGGUGGAGGACGAUAAAGGGGACACGCUGAAGAUCAUGGAGCGGCUGGACCACCUGGAGAAUGUGAUCAAGCAGCACAUCCAAGAGGCUCCUGCUAAGCCUGAGGAGGCCGAAACCGAGCCCUUCACGGACGCCUCGCUGUUUGCACACUGGGGCCAGGAGCUCAGCCCCGAGGGCCGGCGCGUGGCUCUGAAGCAGUUCCAGUACUACGGCUACAACGCCUACCUCAGCGACCGCCUGCCCCUUGACCGGCCCCUGCCAGACCUCAGACCCAGUGGGUGCCGCAACCUCUCCUUCCCCGAGAGUCUGCCAGAGGUGAGCAUCGUGUUCAUCUUCGUCAACGAGGCGCUCUCCGUGCUGCUGCGCUCCAUCCACUCCGCCAUCGAACGCACGCCCUCGCACCUGCUCAAGGAGAUCAUCCUGGUGGACGACAACAGCAGCAACGAGGAGCUGAAGGAGAAGCUGACAGAAUAUGUCAACAAGAUGAAUGGCCAGAAGCCAGGCUUCCUCAAGGUCGUGCGCCACAGCAAGCAGGAAGGCCUCAUCCGAUCCAGGGUCAGCGGCUGGAGGGUGGCCACUGCCCCCGUGGUGGCGCUCUUCGAUGCCCACGUGGAGUUCAACGUGGGCUGGGCUGAACCUGUCCUGACUCGAAUCAAGGAGAACCGGAAGCGGAUCAUCUCACCAUCCUUCGAUAACAUCAAAUUCGACAACUUUGAGAUAGAAGAAUAUCCACUCGCUGCCCAGGGCUUUGACUGGGAGUUGUGGUGCCGCUACCUAAACCCCCCAAAGGCCUGGUGGAAGCUAGAGAACUCCACUGCCCCCAUCAGGAGCCCUGCCCUCAUUGGCUGCUUCAUUGUGGACCGGCAGUAUUUCCAGGAGAUUGGCUUGUUGGACGAAGGCAUGGAGGUCUAUGGUGGCGAGAACGUCGAGCUCGGGAUCAGGGUAUGGCAGUGUGGCGGGAGCGUGGAGGUGCUGCCCUGCUCCAGGAUUGCCCACAUUGAGCGAGCCCACAAGCCCUACACCGAGGACCUCACAGCCCAUGUCCGCAGAAAUGCCCUCCGAGUGGCUGAAGUCUGGAUGGACGAAUUUAAAAGCCAUGUCUACAUGGCCUGGAACAUACCCCAGGAGGACUCGGGGAUCGACAUUGGAGACAUCACCGCGAGGAAGGCCCUGAGGAAGCAGCUGCAGUGCAAGACCUUCCGGUGGUACCUUGUCAGUGUGUACCCCGAGAUGAGAAUGUACUCGGACAUCAUUGCCUACGGGGUGCUGCAGAAUUCCCUGAAGACUGAUUUGUGUCUUGACCAGGGGCCAGACACGGAGAAUGUUCCUAUUAUGUACCUCUGCCAUGGGAUGACACCCCAGAACGUGUACUACACAAGCAGCCAGCAGCUCCACGUCGGCAUCCUGAGUCCCACCAUCGAUGACGACGACAACCGGUGCCUGGUUGAUGUCAACAGCCGCCCACGGCUCAUCGAAUGCAGCUACGCCAAAGCCAAGAGAAUGAAGCUUCAUUGGCAGUUCUCUCAGGGAGGCCCCAUUCAGAACCGCAAGUCCAAGCGCUGCCUGGAGCUGCAGGAGAACAGCGACAUGGAGUUUGGCUUCCAGCUGGUGCUGCAGAAGUGUUCUGGGCAGCACUGGAGCAUCACCAACGUGCUGCGGAGCCUAGCGUCCUGAUGCUCCCGGAGCGGCCUCCCGCCCGCCCCUUUGCUACUGUGUAGCACCUGCUGCAAGGCUGCCUGCUGUCCUCGGGUGCAUUGUUCAGAGUCUGGGGGAGCCAGGUCUAUGGGCCCGAAAAGAGCUUUUUAUUUCCUAUUCAAUUUUCAUGGAGUUUAUAGAAAGAUGCUGAAUGGCGGGUGAGGGUGUCAUAUCCUAAACUAUUUUGCAACUGUAAAUAGGGGACGAGUGAAAGCUAUUUAUAACUCACAAUAAAAUACUAUUGCUUAA